AUGAAUAGUAUCAAAAACAUUUUUGAAAAUUUGAAUGAUUCAAUGUCUGCUUCAAUUAGUAAUGAAGAGUGCUCUUUUACUGAAACUCAGGAUUUUAAUAAAGAUCAAUCUGCAAUUUAUGUGGAUAUUCCAACGGUUGGCGGUUAUGAAUAUCCAUUGGAAAAUAUUGAAAGUUUAAGUGACUUGUUGAGCCAAUGGGGAUUGAGUUGUUUAUACAAAACAUGCUUAACUGAGCUGGUAGACCUUACAAGUUUGUCAAGAAUAAAUCCAUCUGAAAUGUCCCUGUUAGUUAAGGAAUAUCCUUUAGGCGUUCAGAUCAACUUUAGGUACCAUGUUGAAGCAUGGCAAAAAAGUAAUAUUACAGAAAAUGAACCUAAUAAAAAUAUAACAUCAUCCCAUGUUAUCCCAUCUUCUUCUUGUUCGUCUUCGUUGGAAAUGAUAAAAUUAGACAAAAACCAAAGUAUUCAGUGUAUAAUACCUUCAAAGAAUCCAAACAUUGAAGUAUCAAAUAUAUUAAACUCCACUCAGGGUGCUUUAAUAAUUGAUUAUUAUAAGAAACAUAACAGUAUAAAUGACAAUAUAAGAACACUUUUAGUCGAAAUAAUAAUUCAAGAGUUGAUCACAAAAAAAAUAUUAAUGUCUGUGUCAUUGGCAGAAGAAAUUGCUGACCAAAUACAGCAACUAUUUCCCUCUGAAUUGAAGGAAAAUUAUUUCAUUAAGGACUGUUCAAGACAACCCAAAGGGAAGUUAUAUUGCAAUUACUAUAAUACAAUGAGAACGUUGAAAUCAAGUGGGUUAAUUUCAAAACAAAAAUCAAUAAAAAAAAUAACUAAAAGUAGGGAUUUUAGUAGUUGGACUAGCAAUACUUUUGAACCUGAAGAAGAUGUACAAUUAAUUUUGAAUCAAAUUAAACAUGAUAAUUGUAGUCUUCCAGAACUUGAACGACAUUGGAGUUCAACUGUCAAUUAUAGACUAAAUGAAAUUCAAAAGGCCACAUCAACUCAGGAAAUAAUAAAAGAAUGGAGGAGUUAUAAAUUACCAAUGGGUUAUAAAUUAAUCGAUAUUGAUUUUAAUGUUCUACAUCCAAAUUGUUUCAAUGUACUGGGCAAUUAUGAACUAAAAUUAUUCAGAAUAUUUAAUAUUUUAACAACAAAAAUCAAAGAUAUGAGCUCUCGUAAAUUAUUAGAGAGUUUAAAUGAGAUUGAAAAUCCAUGUGAAAAUGCUAAACAAGCAGUUACGUUUUAUUUAUUACAUUCGUUACUUGUUCCAACUACUAAGAAAGUAACCAGGGAUGAUAAGGGAAAAAAGAAUAUUAUUAAAUUCUCUAUAAAAGAUUCCCAAAAUACUUUUGUGGUGUUUUGCAGUACUGUUUCCCAAGCUGAAGAAUUAAUAUCUAAUAAAUAUAGCCUUAAUAUGCCGAUUCAGCCUUUUAUUUUGAUUAUUGGUACACCACUACAACCAAAAGAAAUAAUAGUAUAUUUUGAUACAAUAAAGUAUAAAGUUUUCACUGUAUUAAGAGCUAUAGAUGUAUGUUUCAAAAUAAUACAUUUAUUUAAUUUAGAGUACCCAGUAGAAUCGUGUGCUGUAUGGCUAUUUAUUCAAAAAUAUUUGUAUAAUAUUAAAACCAAGUUCGAUAAAUCCCACCCUAAUCUAAAUCAAUUGAUAUUUGAUUUAGAAAAUAAUGUUGAAUAG